AUGGAUGUGCACUGCCUUGUUUGGUCUUGGGUGAACUACAGGCAGCACAAUUUUAACGUAUGGGGGUACACGGUACUUAGUUCAACCAAGGGGGCAAGGGCUGGGGGUAUUGGCAACAAUGGUAAGUUAGCUACCUACCUAUGUCAAAAGAAAUAUGCACACAACUCAGCACCUGAUCACCUUAUGCAACUUGCUGCAUGUGACAUCUACCCAAUACACACCAGUGCAUUUCAUCUCAUUCCAUCUCCCACGCACACACACAACCCCCGACUUACUCCAUUCCACCUGCAAAGACCAUCAUAA